UUAGAUUCAUCGGUCAGUUUACUAAAUAUCAAAAUCAAAUAGGCACAAAAAAAACGGCUUUUAUUAAAUACCGUAUAGCUGCCGCUCCCUUACAGGUCAAAAUAUGACGCUGUCAAGAUGACAUUGUUAGUAGACAUAUUUUCCAACUCCGUACGAUUCUUUUGGAACUGUGGAACUAUUAUCUGUGAGGGUGACUGUACCUGUGGAGGAUUAAGAUCUGUGGGAAAAAAUAUGAAAACAAACAUGGCGAAUAGCGAUGGCGUUCUUAUAGAGCGUCGUCGCCCGAUAGGUCUGUUUACAAUUUUGUGUAUCGACUAUUAAUGCCCAAAGUACCCCUGUCGCAUAUUAUGCGUCCUUCUAAGGAAGAAAGAAGUAUCAAUGACAUCGGUCGACAGAGUUAAAGGAAUGUGUAGUGCGGUUUACGGUGAAGUGUUGCGGGUCGCGGAGACUGCGUGUAAGGUGUUUGUGUGCGUGUGUCGCAGGAGGGACCGCGGUGGCGGCGCUCGGUAGAGUCGGGCGCGGGUGACAUGCAAGCGGCGCCGGCGCGCUACGUGUCGUCGAGCGAGCUGUACUCGGCGGACGAAGUGGAGCUGUUGUUGGAAGAGAUUCGCGAGCUGGAGCCCGUGAGCUGCCGCGGCGAGGAGGUGCAGGACUUCGAGAUCGCCGGCAGCGGGUGCGGCGCGGGCGGGCGCUCUCCGGCGGGCACGGAGCUGACGGAGCGCUCGUGGGACUCACACGCACACUACUCGCGCGCGCCCCCGCCGACGCCGCGCCCGCUCGCGCCAGUUUACUGCCGUUUGCGCCAUUUGAUGACUGUUCAGGGUGCUUUCACACUGCUAGUUGUGGCGUGCUGCGCGAGUGCAUGCGGCUGUGUGUGGGCGGGCGCGGGGCUGCGCGCGGGCCAGCUACCUGGCGGCGGUCGCGUGCGUCUGCUGCACUUGGCCGCGCUCUCCUCGCUCAUGCUGCAUGCGCUGCUGCUGCUGCUGCAUGUCACGCGCCUCACCGAACUGCUGCCACUCGACUGGAACAAACUGGGCGGAUGCGCAGGCGCGUGGUCGGCGCUGACGCUGGCGGGCGGCGGCGCGGCCACACUGCACGCCGCCCUGCAGCCCGCCUACCGGCCCGCGCCCCACCUCGCGCGUCUGCUGCUCGCCGCCGCGGGGCUAGGACUGAGCGGCGCGUGCCUGGCGGCGGCGCUGACGGUGCGCGCGGUGCGGCGGGCGCGCGCCGGGUGCGUGGUGGGCGCGGUGGGUGCGGCGGGCGCGGGGGGCUCGCGGCGGUCCAGCGGGCGGUCGUCGCCGCGCGCCGCGUACCGCGCCGUGCCGCAGCCGCAGCCGCAGCCGCAGCCCUCCACGUCGCGCGACCACGCCUUAUAG